AUGUUUAAUAUGAGCAGCGAAACCGGCGCUCAUGACGUCGCUAAACGACAAUUGCUGCGUUUUCGCGCAAGCCCGGGCCGUCACGUCGCGCGACGCGCCUUGAGCAGCACCAACCGCAACGCAGCUCCGGCUUCGUCGGCAGAGACGGCGCCGAACUCGCGAUGGCUUUCCGAUAUGCGCCACCGGAUCUCAACGGGUAUUGCAAAGAGGGCAGAAGAGCCAAAGGUCGUCGCGCAGCUAAAGCAUCACAUGAGCUACCUGGACCAGCAUUGGCUCGGUCUAUCUGCUGGUCGCGAAGGCUACCUCGUUGAACCCCAAUGGCGCGGGUUGGACAAGCAUGCUAUUGCCUGGGGAGAUAUGGACUCAAUGGGUCAUGUCAACAAUGUCAUGUAUAACCGAUUCGCAGAAUCAGGCCGCGUCAACUGGAUGAUGAAUGUCGCGGCUCAUGUCGCACCUGAAAAUCGGCGAGAAUUUACAGAACUCAUGUCACCAAGAGGCAUUGGCCUGAUUCUGGCUAGUAUCCGAACCGAUUAUAAAUUCCCGAUGACGUUUCCAGAUCAGGUCACGGUGCUUCACAAGCUGGUCACAAAGCCCGAUAGCACGUCUGACAGAGUCCUUAUGGAAGCAGUUGCUUAUUCACACAAGCAUAAAAGGGCCGCUGCUCGCUUUUUUGAAGAUAUUGCCGUGUACGAUUACCGAGCCGCGAAGAAGGCGCCGCUCAAGCCUUUCAUGGUGCAAGAGAUGCAAGCCAUGUACGAACUACAGGACCAGCGCCGGCAGCAAACCGAGCAAAAGGUCCAAGAAAUCCUCCAGUCCAUGGAUGAGCUACAAGUUUGA